AUGGGUCUAAGUGAUGCUAAACCUUGUGACACUCCUAUGGUUCCUAAUGUGAGAUUGAAUGUUGAGGAUGGAGAGAUGUUUUGUGAUCCAAAGAGGCACAGUCGGAUAGUUGGAAAGUUAAACUACCUUACAGUAACCCGUCCAGAUAUUACUUUUUCAGUGAGUGUGCAAUCUCCACGGGCAUGGUUUGGGAGGUUUAGCGAAGUGGUGACUCAGUCUGGUUUACAUAGGAGUGCUUAUGAUCACUCUGUCUUUUAUAAGCAAUCGAGUUCUGGCAUCAUUCUUUUGGUUGUUUAUGUUGAUGACAUUAUAAUCACUGGCAGUGAUGAUGUUGGCAUUCAGAGUUUGAAAAACUGUUUGGCUUCCAAAUUUCACACAAAAGACUUGGGUACUUUAAGGUAUUUUCUCGGAGUUGAGGUUUUUCGGAGUAAGAAAGGGAUUUUUCUCUCUCAACGCAAGUAUGUAUUAGAUGUGUUGACUGAAAUGGGUCUAAGUGAGGCUAAGCCUUGUGACACUCCUAUGGUUCCUAAUGUGAGAUUGAAUGCUGAGGAUGGAGAGAUGUUUGGUGAUCCAGAGAAGUACAGACGAAUAGUUGGAAAGUUAAACUACCUUACAAUAACCUGUCUAGAUAUUGCGUUUUCAGUGAGUGUGGUGAGUCAAUUUAUGUCUUCUCCUAGGACAUAUCAUUGGGAUGCGGUCCUCCAUAUCUUGAAAUAUCUAAAAGGAGCUCCUGGACGUGAGAUUCUUUACAGUGACCAUGGUCAUAAUAAGGUAGAAGGUUUUUUAGAUGCUGAUUGGGCAGGAUCCUCUGUGGAUAGACGGUCUGUGACUGGGUUUUGUGUUUUUGUUGGAAGAAAUCUUAUUUCUUGGAAAAGUAACAAGCAACCAGUUGUAGCUAGGUCAAGCGCAGAGUCUGAGUAUCGGGCUAUGGCACAAGUUACGUGUGAGCUCAUAUGGACAAGACAUCUUCUUAGAGAAAUUGGGUUUGGUGACCCAGGGACUAUGGACUUGUGGUGUGACAACCAAGCAUCCAUACAUAUAGCAAACAAUCCAGUCUUUCACGAGAGGAUUAAGCAUAUAGAAGUGGAUUGUCACUUUGUACGAGAGAAACUUGAACAAAAGUUAAUUGCUACUAAUCAUGUUAGAACAGGGGAACAAUUAGCUGACAUCUUCACGAAGUCUCUAGUUGAUAAAAGGUUCAUCCCAACAACAUUGACUCUUGAUUCAGGAGUCACUAGACCACCGCCUCUUUUAAGUGAAGCUGAUUUACUAAGUUGUAUGGACAAGGCGGGCAUUGGAACAGAUGCGACAAUGCAUGAUCACAUAAAGAAGCUGCUAGAUAGGUUUUAUGCAACAAAGGAUGCAAACACGCGCUUCUCACCAACUAAUCUUGGAGAGGCGCUAGUUAUGGGGUAUGAUGACAUGGGGUAUGAGCUCUGGAAGCCAAAUCUCAGAUCAAUGAUGGAAAAUGACAUGAAAGAAGUUAGUGUAGGCAAUAAGAGUAGAGCUGAAGUUUUGGCAAGUUGCUUGCAGCAGAUGAAAGCUUGCUUUUUAGAUGCGAGGAUGAAAAAAGUUAAACUCUUACAAGCAAUGGCAAUUUUCUUUGAGAGAUCUGGUGGUGAUGAACAGCGAGCAAGUGGAGAAGUUGUUUGUCGAUGUGGUAUUUGCCAAGAAUCAAAUAUGGUGCUUAGGCAAAGCCGGGAUGGCAAUUUCAUGGUUGGUUGUGUGGCUUAUCCACAGUGCAGGAAUGCUGUUUGGCUCCCUGGAUCUGUAUCAGAAGCAGCUGUAACCUCUAACGCUUGCAACUCUUGCAGUCCUGGUCCUGUUUACCUGAUUCAGUUCAAGUUUCGUCAGCAUGAAAUACCUCCCGGUUUCAGUGCCACCCAUUUGGGCUGCAUUGGUGGUUGUGAUGAAACUCUUAGACAGUUAAUAGAAAUCUGUGGAACUGGUUCACGCAUUCCAGCAAGAGGCCGAGGACCGAGUGUAUCAUCUGGUAAUGUUCAACAAAGUAACACUAGGCAGCGUGCUUGCAUUUACUGCCAGCAAACAGGGCAUGCUUCAAGUGAUUGCCCUUCACAACUUUCAGGCUCUCGAAAUGCUCGCUCUAGAGCGAUGAACAUGCAAAGUGGAGAGUCUUUUAUGCAAUGUACCACAUGUGGAACGACAUGUGUUUUGCGAACUGCUAAUACAGCAAACAACAGAGGAAGGAAGUUCUACUCAUGUCCUUCGCAAGAGUGCAAUUUCUUUGCAUGGGAAGAUGACCUCAACAGUGGCACUAGGGGAAGAAAUAAUCCACAUGCACACAUCAGCGGCUCAGCAUCUAAUACGAGCAGGAGGGGUGGCUGUGGCCGUGGCAGAGGCAGUCAAAGUGUAGGACGUGCUCCGGAUAUGACUUUUGUGUCAGCUACUGGUGAUCCCAUAUCUGGUAGAAGAUGUUAUGUAUGCGGUGAUCCAUCACAUUUUGCUAAUGUCUGCCCAAACCGUGGUACCUGAUGAUCCUGAAAUAGACAUCUUCAGCUCUCUAUGUGCUAGUUCAAAGGAGUAUGCUGCUUGCCUACAAUUAUUAACAAGACUUCUGGCUGAUAGUAUGAUAUGCUUGAAAGAAUUGACAAAACUUACCUGAAGAACAUUUACAUAUUAGAAGUUUUAAGCAGUAGAGUUU